ACCCGAAGAGGGAAGAAGAAGAAAAAGAAGAAGAUGGAACGAUAGAGAGAGAAGAGAAAAAAGUUUUCACUCGUUAGUUCUGAAUCACACAGCAACAGGAAACAGCACACACACACACAACCACACACACACACACACACACACUAACCCAAACUAAAUAACUAAACAUAAACAUAAACAUAAACCCUGAAGUCUUAACCCUCACACAGGCCAUCGAAGAACUGUGGACCAGACAAAAUGUCCUCUGCAGGUCUAAGAUUAGUACAAGUACACACACACACCGCACAGAGACAAGAGGAUGUGGCGAAGAAGUAGAAGAAGAAGAGGAAGAAGAAGAAGAGAGGAUGAAGCUCUCCGCCCUGAACAAAGUUAAAGAGAGAGAAGAGGAAUCAGAAGUCGAGAGCAAGAAGAAGUGAUUAAAAGAGGAAGUUUGAAGUGUUUUUAAAAAGAACAAGAAAAAGCUUCAAAUAACUCAGUCAAGAAACAGAAGUGAAGAGGGGAGGACGAAGAGAAGAGAAAGAAGAGGAGGAGAGGAAGAGAACAGAACAGGAGAACAGAAAGAAGAGGAACAGAAGAGACAAGGAGAGGAGGAGGAGACGAAAGAAGAGAAGGAGAGCAAGAGGACAGAAGGCAGAGAGGAGGAGAAGGAGAAGAGAAAGAAUAAGGGGAGAGGAAGUGAAGAGGAGAGGACGAAGAGAAGAGAAAGAAGAGGGGGAGAGGAAGUGAAGAGAACAGGAGAACAGAAAGAGGAAAAAGGACGAGGAACAGAAGGGAAGAGGAGAGGAGGAGGAGAAAAGAAAGAGGUGAAGAGACAGAGUGGUGAUGGACGAGGACAUCAGGAAACAGGGGAUUCUUUACCUCCAGCAGCAGAGGUUUGGAAAGAAGUGGAAGCGUGUGUGGAGCGCCCUCUACAGGGACAGUCCGUGUUCCAUCUCCAGACUCGAGUUCUUUGACUGCAAAGAUGGAGGAGUCGAGAAAAGUCUGCGCAAACAACAGGAACACAAGAAGGUGAUUCGUCUCUCAGACUGUGUCCGGGUCUCGGGGGUGGAGGUGGACGGAUGUCCCAGAGACACUGGACCGUUCCUGGUGGAGACAACAGAAAAGAUUUACGUGUUUGCUGCCGAGAGGAACCAGGUGGACGAGUGGACACACAAACUGUGUGAGAUAGCCUUCCCUAUGAGCUGGUCAGAGCCCAGCGUGAAGCGAGGCAGCAUGCAGAGAGGAAGCAGGGUGGAGGAAGACGAGGGGAUGGAGGACAACUCUCUGUACAGUGGAAGACAAACAGUGCGUGACUUCAGAGUGUGUGUGCGGAGGACCGAGGCCUCGGAUCACUGCCGACUGAAGGGGGACGUCGUCCUGCGAGUGGACGUGGACGCGCUUCACCUGCUCAACAAGACAGGAGACGUUAUGUUUACAUGGCCGUACAGAUUCCUGAGACGCUUUGGACGGGACAAGUCGACCUUCUCCUUUGAAGCCGGACGGAGGUGUGCAUCCGGAGAGGGCAGUUUCGAGUUUGACACCAAACAGGGCAACGUCCUGUUUCAGCUGGUCGAAUCGGCCAUCCACCUGCGGAGGACAGCCCCCCCCGACGGACAGACCUCUGGGGGGGGGCAGCUGAGUCCAGAGACCCCCCACAACCUCAACUUGCCCCCCCCACCCCAGAGCAGGACGCUGCUGCUGCCACCUCAACCCCGCUGUCACAUCCCACAACCCCAUGCUGCUCAGGCUGAGGACGCUGUGUACAGCACCGUGACAGAGCAUCAUCUCAUGAGUCAUCACAAGGAGAGCUCCACCACUUCACUGGCACAGCAGCGCCCCCCGCUGUGUCGUCUGGAGCCUCCUGUGGACAAAGUCCUGACCGGCGUGAAGAGUUUGUCUCUAGAGACUCGCGGUUUCCCCGUCCCCCGAAAGACCCAAGUGAAGAUGAUCUCCAGCUGCCCUCUGCCCCACGCCGAGCCGGGCCCCACCCCGGUCCUAGGCUCCACCCCCUCCCACGACGCCAGUCAGAGCCCUAAACUGAGCUCCAAUCCAAAACCGGAACAGACCUACUCCCAGAUCUCACAGCCCGCCCCCAGAGAGCGAGGCUCCAAGAGGGACAGAAGGGAGGGAGGAGUCAGCCUGGCUCCGCCCGGUCACCUCCCUCAAAUCAACCCGGAGCCAGAGUACUCCCUCCCCUUCGACACCAUCGCCAAGAACAUCAUGGUGGACAUCCUGAGCUCCCAUCAGGCUCUGGAGUCCGGCGCCGACCCGCUUUAUGACAGCAUCGACGAGAUCAAGAUCAGGAACAUCUUCCAUAGCAAAGACGACCCCCCCGAACCAGCGCACAGGAAGCUGGAUCACAUCUACGACGAGCCUGAGGGCUGCGCCGCUGCCUCCGCUGCCACCAGGGGGCAGAACUCCCCGGUCCGUACCGUGGUGUACGAUGACCCCGAGGAGAUGAGAGGAGAUGCCUGGAGGAACAUGGGAACAGCUGAUGACCCCAAAGGUCACGAGUACCCGUACGACCCCCGGGUGGAUGACUACGCCGUGCCCAAACGACCCAAGAGGGCAUUUCCUGUCACACAGGACAGCACCAAAGAAGAAGAAGACGAGGAGGACGUGAGCAGGAGGAGCAGCGAGACUCUCAGUACACCAGCAUCAUGGUGAAGAUGUAGAGACUGGUUGGACUGGUUUCUGUUUCAUGUUGCAGAUAUUUACGUUGAAUUAUUUCUGUCAAUGUAAAGAGCAGUUUUCUCACCUCACUGCCCCCUAGCGGUGGUGAAGUGAUGCUGCAGCAGAGACUGAUUAACUAAUAACCAGACUAACUACUUUAAUUAAUUAUUUGGAUCCACAGGCAGAGGUGGAAAGUAACAGAGUACAAAUACUUUGUUACUGUUUAUUUUAAAAUGUAUUUUCCUGACGACUUUUUACUUUUCCUCUACAUCUGUACUUUCUCCUCUUCCCAGUCUCACCAGCUCUGUGCAGGUUGAGGCAUCGUGUGUCAUUGAAGUUCAAAUGCUCUUUGUACUUUCUUACUUUUACUUGAGUAAAGGAGAUGAAUCAGUA